AUGGCCGACGUUGACGACUAUCUUGAGGAGGGCUUUGACCCACGCUCUGUCACCGUCCCACGCCUACGAUCAAUUCUCGUCACCCACAAUGUCGAGUUUCCUGGCAACGCAAAGAAAGCCGACCUCGUCGAGCUGGUCAAAACAUAUGUCUUGUCCCAGGCUCCCGAACUUCGGGCCCGUCGCGCGCGCGCAAAAAGAUCCAGCAUGGGAAUCGUGAACGCCGGAAGUGCUGAAGAUAACGGCACCUGGGACGAUCAUGACUUGGCCCCUCCAUCUACAAUAAAAAAGCGAUCAAAGUCCCCUCGCAAGGCAUCCAGCCGAAUUAAGAUUGAGGAUGAUGUCCUUGCAACUCCAGCCCCCAGAAGCCCUACCAAACGCAGCACUCGAUCAGUAAGCCGCGCGCUCUCACACUCUGACGAGCAUGAAGUUUACGAGGCACCUCGGUCCAUUCGCCAGGCGCGAAGAACCGUCACACCACAAAUCAAAUACGAACCCGAACCCGACCUGGAAGAGGAAGAUGAGCAGGAGGAAGAUGAGCAGGAGGAGACGAUACUGCCCGAUCAUGAAGAAAGCGUCUUCACAUAUGAUAACCCUUUCCAGAGUGGAAGCUCACCUGCUCAAAACAAGACUCCUACCAAUCGUCGUCGUACAGGCGGCGGAGAUUCUGUCAGAACUGUCAAGUCAACCUCCAGACGUCGAACUCAGGGGUUCCAUGAUGACUACGAAGAGCCCUACGCGCCCAAUACUCCCAGAUAUCGUGAGCCGACUCCUGAGCUUCUUGAGCCUGGCGAAGAGUUUACGCCCAACGAACAAUUAGAGUUGGAGGAAGCUGCAAGCAGGGGUGAAACAGCGAUUGAACCUCGCCAACCUUCAAACCAGGUUGCUCGACGGGGCGGUUUCAAAGCUCCUCUAUUCGUCCUUCUCAUGUCUCUUUUCGGAGCCUACCUUGCUUGGUAUCGCCAGGAAAAAAUAGCUGUCGGUUAUUGUGCUGUUGGUGGACAGGCACGCUCGUUGGUGUCGCCAGACAUGCCUAUUCCCGAAGCGCUUGUUCCGUUCAUUGAGCCCCAGUGCGAGCCUUGCCCUUCUCAUGCUUACUGCUAUGGAGACUUUUCAGUCCGUUGCGAGAGCGGCUUCAUCCUUAAGCCUCAUCCUCUGUCUCUAGGAGGUCUGGUUCCCCUUCCUCCUACCUGCGAGCCUGAUGGUGAGAAGGCGCGUCGCGUCAAGGCUGUGGCGGACAAGGCCAUUGAGGAACUCAGAGAGCGACGAGCUCAAUUUGAGUGUGGAGAGCUUGUUACUGAGGAUGGACAAAAGAGCGACUCCCCUGCGAUUCUUGAACACGAACUUAAGAAGACUGUUAGUCGCAAGCGCUCCAAGAGACUCAACGAGGAUGAGUUCGACGAACUCUGGGCUGCUGCUAUUGGCGAGGUUACAGCUAGAGACGAGGUUGAGGUCAUCGAUGCACCACCAUCGUCCGAUUCCUCCGAUCUUCCAGGUCGACACCUUUCGUCCUCGUCUCUCGCUCGCCUUCCGCUCACCUGCGCGUUCAAACGAUCGCUCCGACUCGGCGUGGCAAGAUAUCGACUCACAAUUGGACUUUUGAUCGCUUCCAUCUUCGGUGUCUUGUACAUGCGCGCCCGAUACCGGAAGCAUGUAGCUACGUCAGCGAAGGUCCCUGCUCUGGUCGACCAAGUGCUAGGCAGGCUUGCUAAUCAGAAAGAGUUGGGUGAAGAGGGCAUUGACGAUCCUUGGCUGUUUUUGCCAAACUUGAGAGACGAUGUUCUUCGAGCGGUUCACUCACUUUCUGAGCGAGAACGGAUUUGGCAGAAGGUCCGGGUUGUGGUGGAACAAAACAGCAAUGUUCGCACCGGCCAACGCGAGGGAAGAAGCGGCGAAGUUGGUCGUGCUUGGGAAUGGAUAGGCCCUGUUGCGGGCGAGGGUGCGAGACGGCGACGAAGUGGCCGAGUAUCACUUGGUCCUGAGCUGCAUAAUGAGUCUCCAGAUCUCUCAAAGGUGACCCCUGAGGUCAAGAAAUGGGAAGAGCCAAGACCCAUCUACUAA